AUGGGGCUCAGGAUGAGGAUGGGGUGCACAAGGGGCUCCGCCUGCUCAGCCAAUCAGAGAGCCCCUCCAUCCGCGUGCCUCUCCUCCAACUCCAGGAACAAAGAGGAGAGUGCCGCGCACAGGAAUGAACUGCCAUAUUUGGUGGGUGAAGAGGUCCUUUCUCCAGUUAAGUCUUGGUCCUUUUCCAAUAAAAGUCAAUAA